AUGGAGUUCGGGACCAACUGCCACCUCUCCACCUGUCUGCACCUCUCCUUUCUCCCCCUCUCAUGCCCAUACUGCCACCAUUCCUUUUGCGAGUCUCACUUCCUUCCACGCCAGCACGCAUGUACUGCUCCCGGUAGUGCGGAUAAUGUCUUGAGCAGUAACGAGGUGCUCAAGAGGGUAUUGCGAGCUAAUCCUUCUGCAAGAUUGCCCUGUCAGAAGAGGGGGUGUAAAAAUUUCAGCCUCGAAGUUGGAAAGGAGAGCAGUGAGGGAGCUCAGGCGAGGGUAGUAGUCAAGGAUGGUACUGAUCUGCAGACGCCAGGGAGGGCCUUCGAGCACGCUGCUCCCACUUGCGUGAACUGCAAGGGAUUGUAUUGCAUGGGACAUGUCGCACCUCGAGCGCAUGACUGUCAAGCGCCUCCACCACCCACCGAAGGACAGCAGAGGAUGAACGCCGCCGAGGAGAGGAAACGCAAGGCGAGGGAGAUCCUCAGCAAGAAUUUUGCCAAUCGAGGAGCAAGUGCGAGCACGAAGAAGUGA